AGGAAUAUAGGAUUUCUGAGUUUAAAUUAUUGGAACAAAUUAAAAAAGUCAGUACAGGACUUUUGUUUUAAGAGCUACAUAUAUGUAAAAGAGUGUUUGUCGUUCUCUAACCAGUUAAUCAGCAUAGAUGGCUCAAAACCAGAGCCAGCCAUGGUUUGGAGGUUGUGAAUAAAAUAUUUACGCAGUUUAUUUUGAUAGGUCCGAGGCACAUGAAGGAAUCAUUAUGUAAACAAAUUUAGCGACCUACAUACAUCUGUGAUAAAAUUGACAAGAGCGCCGUCAUUAACUAGUGAUAAAGAACAUGUUGCAGCCAACAAUAAUUUAUUUUAGCCGGUUCUUGGGUUUUAAUGAGUUGUUAUAUUAACCGAGUAAUGCGAUUUUAGCUAGCAUGACAGAAACAUUCUGUUAACCUGGAACAAAAAUUAAUCGGGACAUUUUCGCUGCUGAACGCAUCUGUAAUAAGAAGGCGAUCUCACAUUAACUCUAGUUGGUGUUGGUGUGUUUUCCGCUCAUGGACCCAUCUGAUAACAUGGGGAGCCUAAAUCACAUGGUAGAGGCUGUGGCCUUGAAUGAUGGUCCUGGUCCUGAGAGCUCCGCUGGACAGAAGGAUACCUUGCCUGCAGACAUGCUGAGAAUAAAGCAGCAGAUGUCCAACCAGUGCUUUGAGAUGACAGUACAGCUCAAUGCGGGGAAAAAUAAAAGGUCUUGCAGUACAUCGGAAGCAGAGAGAAACUUGCCUGACUAUAUAAAUGAGCUUGAAAGGGUCAAGGCAGUCCAUUUUAACAGCACACUGGCACUGCAAAGGAUGCAGAUCUGGCAGGCAAUGGGAGAGAAGAUGAAACAGAGUGAUCCAGAGGCGGUUGCCCUGAAAGCUGUGAGUGAUCGCUGCAUGUCUCUGUGUUCACGUAUAAAACAACUUCAGCAAGAAACCAAAUGCCUACAGGAUGAAAUUACAGAAAUACAGAAGAGCAGACUUGAGAUGAAGCGACUUACGCAUGAGAAAAUGAAAGAAAUGGAAGACUUAAUGUCCAAGAAGGAGCAUCCAGAUGCAGAAAAGUAUAAAGCUGCAUUGGAAAAAGGACAAGCAAACUUGGAGAAGUAUAAAAAGAUGGCCAUCAUGACUCAGAAUGUCCUCAGGGGCAUCCUCUUGGCCUGUAAAGUCAACUGGCUGGAUGAUCCCAAACUUCGAGACAUUGCCAUGACACUGGAAGAGUUUCCUAUCUCUGACUAGAGAAUUCCUUUAUCUCAUUUUUAUUUGUGUCUGUCCCGUGCUGUCUAAUAAAGAAUCUGUUUUAAAAA